AGGCGCCCCGGAAAAUGUAUCCAAAUUUUAAAGAACCUGGCUCGAAGUCUAGAGCGGCACCCGUAUUGCGCUCACGAGCCAGCAGAUGGUUGUUUCAUAAGUUCUUUAAAGAUGAUGAUGAUGAUGAUGAUGAUGAAGCUGUUGAUAAACUAUACAGUCACAUUAAAAUGUUAGCCUGGAGAAGAUCCAUAUGAAAAGUGGAAAGUGAUCCCCUAACGGAAUCCAGCCGACUUUCUACUGCCCUCCUCUGGGGAAGAACAGAAGUUCUUCGUCUUCAGAAUUUGGCCUGCUAGUCGCUUUCUACCUACCAGCUUGAGGGUAGAGACCGUGAUUCCUUUGUGACAACUACAGCAACACAAAUAGAAAACAUGAAUAGUACACAUUAUUCUUUAACAAACGGAAAAUGGAAGAAAAUAAAGAUAUGGACUCAAAAGAAAGUGGAGAAUAUGAAGACGACUUUGAAAAGGACCUGGAAUGGUUAAUUAAUGAAAAAGAAAAAAGUGGUACCAGCAUAAUAGAGAUGGCUUGUGGGAAUGAAGAGAAUAUUAACCAAGAAUUAAAAGCCAAUGAAACAGAAAUAGAACACACCGAACAACAUUCUGAUCCUGACAAAUCUUCGAAGGAUGAGCUUUCACCAAGAAGAAAUGACUUCAUUUCUGUACCGAGUAUUCAACCUUUGGAUCCCAUAUCAGAUUCAGAUAGUGAAAACUCUUUCCAAGAAUCCAGAGUGGAAAGCCAGAGAGACCUGGAAGAGGAAGAGGAUGAGGAAGUAAGGAGAUACAUUAUGGAGAAAAUUAUACAAGCCAACAAGAUCCUGCAGAAUCAAGAACCUGUGAAUGAUAGAAGAGAGCGAAAACUCAAGUUCAAAGACAAAUUAGUUGAUCUGGAAGUUCCUCCGCUGGAAGACACUGACACUCACAAAAAUUAUUUUGAAAAUGAAAGUAGUAUGUCAGGAAAACUGUCACAGUUAUGUAUUUCCAAUGAAUUUGGACAGGAAAAUGUGCUCCUGUCACUAACAGAUGGAAACGGUGAAGAAAACAAGGAUAGGAAAAUACUAGUAGAGAGAGAUGGAAAGUUUGAACUUAUGAACUUACAAGACAUUGAGAGUCAGGGGUUUUUGCCCCCCAUUCAUGCUCAUGGUACAGAAGAUGAACCUCAUCAGUUGUCCCCCAGAUCUUCCAACUCAAGUGUCAGUGGGGCAAAGAAGGAAGAGUCUAUAGCAAGGAUUCAUGCAGUUGCUCACUCAUCAGCAGAAGAGCCACUGGCUUACAUCCCUCAGCCACCGCCCAACCCCAAGACACGUCCGAGCUCUGCUGUCAGCUCAGAUCGAAGUAAGGGUAAUGGGAAAUCUAAUCACAGGACCCAGUCUGCAAAUGUAUCUCCAGUGACCUCAACAUACUGUCUUUCCCCUCGACAGAAAGAACUGCAAAAACGGCUAGAACUGAAGAGAGAAAAGCUAAAGAGAGAGGAAGAACAACGAAAAAUAGAAGAAGAAAAAGAAAAGAAAAAAGAGAAUGACAUGGUAUUUAAAGCAUGGUUGCAAAAGAAAAGAGAGCAGGUUCUAGAAAUGAGGAGAAUUCAGCGAGCAAAACAAAUCGAAAACAUGAAUAGUAGAUGCUGUAGUGAACACGUUGGUUUUGCAGGAGAGUUUCUUAAGAGUGGAGUUGAUGACUUGCUGGACGUUCAGCAGGAAAACAGAGAUCCACAGCAAGCUUUUCGAUUAUGGCUUAAGAAAAAGCAUGAAGAGCAGUUGAAAGAAAGAAAGACAGAAGAACUACGAAAGCAAGAGGAAUGCUUAUUCUUCCUUCAAGGAACAGAGGGCCGUGAGCGGGCCUUCAAGCAAUGGCUGCGAAGGAAACGGAUUGAAAAACUAGCAGAGCAACAAGCUGUCAGAGAAAGAACUAGACAGCUCCGACUGGAAGCAAAGCAUUCUAAACAACUACAGAACCACCUGUAUAUGUCAGAAGCCAAAGCAUUUCGUUUUACUGAUCAUUAUAACUGAGAGUAUCUAUUAAACACUUCAUUUGGAA